AUGGGGGCUAUCCCUUACUUGCAAAAGCCGCCUCCAUAUAUCCUGGCGUGCAUGCUCUCUUCGGCCAAUGGACUUCUUUUCGGAAUGGAUACUGGUGUGAUCGGCCCAGUGACUGAUAUGAAAGAUUUCAAGUCUCAGUUCGGCGGUAGUCAAAAUGCGACAAUUCACGGUCUUAUCGUCUCGUCCAUUCUGAUUCCCGCGGCCCUGUCUUCCUUUUUCGCCGGGUAUGUUGCCGAUAAACUCGGUCGCCCGAAAGGAAUCAGCAUUGGUGUUUUCAUCUUUGGUGUCGGUGCAGCCAUCGAAGCUGCAGCCACAUCGCUGGGCAUGUUUAUAGGUGGCCGUGUGAUUGAGGGACUGGGGGAGGGGCUGUUUCUUGGUAACUUGGUUGUCUACAUUUGUGAGAUCUCACCAACUAGCACUAGGGGCCCAUUGACGACCGGUCCCCAGUUGCUUAUCACUUUGGGCCUUGUCGUGGGAUAUUUCACUUGUUAUGGAACAUCAAAUAUCGCAUCAUCGCUCUCAUGGAGAACUCCGUGGAUCAUUCUUGCAUCUCUGUCUAUGAUUCUAUCGGCCUGUUCUCUCAUGUUUCUCCCGCCAUCUCCUCGAUGGCUAACUCUUCAUGGUCAUCAGGACGAAGCAGAUGCGGCGUGGGAUAUGCUUGGUGUUUCUCAUGCGGAGCGUGAGAAGGUCGAACUUCAAGUUGCAGUGGAAGAAGUUCCAGCUGAUAACGAUGAACCGGAAAAUAAGAAAACUCACAAAUUAUUCGAAAUCUUCCAGAAAGAUGUCCGGGGUCGGACUGCUCUUGCAGUAUUCCUAAUGGGUGUUCAGCAGCUCAGCGGUAUUGAUGGCGUCUUAUAUGUAGUACGCCCUCUCCUCUUCCAGCAGGCUGGUCUUGAAUCUUCAGAGGCAAGCUUUCUUGCGUCUGGUGUCUCGGCCCUGGUCAUCUUCGCCGUCACUAUUCCUGGUCUGAUCUACUGUGACAAAUGGGGACGGCGACACAGUAUCAUCUAUGGUGGCUUUGGACUUGCUCUCAUCAUGUUUCUGAUUGGUGGUCUAUACGCCGGGAAUGCUGUCCAUGCCAGCUUUGGUGCAGGACGUUGGGUCGUUAUUGUCUGCAUCUACAUCUUCGCAGUCAUCUAUUCCUUGACUUGGGCGGUUUCGGUCAAGGUCUACAGCGCUGAGAUACAGCCUCAGCGAACCCGGGCGUCUGCUACAACACUGGCUCAUUCAAGCAACUGGAUAUUUAAUUUCUUGGUCGCAUUGGUCACUCCUGUCCUGCUAUCCAAGAGUAAUUGUGGUGCCUACUUCUUGUUCGGAGGAUGCUCCGUUAUUGGCGCUGCUGUGGCUGCUAUAUUUAUGAUCGAAACUAAGGGCCGAUCUUUCAAUGAGAUCGAGAAGGAAUUCAAACACCGAGCACCAGGCAGGAAUGGUAUCUUCAGUGCCCUUCGACGAAGAAGCGAAAAGCAGGAUCUGUGA